AUGAAGAUCUCACUGCUAUCUCUCAUCACGUACGGGCUAGCAGUGGAGGCACAUGCCAUCUUCCAGAAACUCUCGGUCAACGGCAAAGACAACGGCCAGCUCACGGGCAUCCGUGCUCCGGGGAACAAUAACCCCGUUCAGGAUGUGAGCAGCGGCAACAUGGCAUGCGGAGCUUGGGGCACCAGGUCCCAGGCCGUAAUAAACGUCGCACCGGGCGACCGACUCGGCGCAUUCUGGGGGCAUUCCCACAAGGGACCAGUUAUCGCCUAUCUUGCCAAAGUCGACAACGCGGCAUCGGCUAGCUCUAGCGGCCAAAAGUGGUUCAAGAUUUGGCAGGAUGGCUUCGAUACCGGUAGCCGGAAAUGGGGUGUCGAUAACAUGCUCCAGAACAACGGCUGGACUUACUUCAACCUGCCCAACUGCAUCGCGCCUGGCCAAUAUCUCCUGCGCGUCGAGAUUAUUGCCUUGCAUUCAGCGAAGAACUCGGGCCAGGCCCAGUUCUACCAGUCGUGCGCUCAGAUCAACGUUUCCGGGUCCGGUUCCUUCACGCCUUCGUCGACCGUGAGCUUCCCCGGUGCUUACAAGUCGAACGACCCGGGCAUCUUGAUCAACAUUUACGGUAAGCUGGGUCAACCGGAUUUAGACGGCAAACCGUACACCGUCCCCGGACCGGCAACGAUCACGUGCUGA